AUGCAUUCCCACCUGCACACUUCUUACAAUGUCAACUGCGAGGAGAUCAUGAAUGCUCUUGAUGAAUGUCAUGCCAAGGGAUUCCUGCACAAAGCCAUUGGAAGCUGCAAUGAUAUCAAGAUUGACGUGAACAAGUGUCUCUCGGCAGAGCGAUUCGAGCGCGCGAAGCGCAACCGAGACGAGGCGCGCAGUAACCGGCGGCGUGUUGAGGAGAUCUGGGCCAAGGAGCGUGAGCUCAGUCAAGGGCCUGCGGUGGCUGCCAAUACCGAUGCUGCAAAGCAAUAG